AUGGCCGUUGAGCCAUUUACGACUGUUGCUGUGGGGCGAAGAGCUGAGAAGAAACGAAGGGAAGGGGGAUUAGUUGAGGUUCUUGAACCAGUUGCAGUUGGGGAACCCGUUGAAGUUGACCUUGGGGAACCUGCUUCAGUUGAAGUUGACCUUGGGGAACCCGUUGAAGUUGACCUUGGGGAACCUGUUUCAGUUGAAGUUGACCUUGGGGAACCUGUUUUAGUUGAAGUUCUUGAACCUGUUGAAGUUUCAGUUGAAGUUCUUGAACCUGUUGAAGUUUCAGUUGUUGACCAUUUUGAAGUAGAGGUUGUUGACCCUGUUGAAGUUUCAGUUGUUGACCAUUUUGAAGUAGAGGUUCUUGAACCUUUUGAGGUUGAAGUUGUUCCCACUUUUGAAGUAGAGGUUGAGGACUCUUUAGUUGAGGUUCUUGAACCUGUUUCAGUAGAGGUUGUUAACCCCAAUGUAUACGAGGUUGGGGAAUCCUUAGUAGAGGUUAGGGAACCCUUAGUAUGA